GGAAAUUUUGAGGAGUUUUCAGGUCUUUUUUUUCAGGAACCUUUUUUUGGGGUGUUUUGGGGGGCUCUCCAUAAUUUUUGGGUAAACCCCACCCCUUUUUUUGGUUAUUUUUGGCAGCCCCGCCCCCGUUACUUCCACGGGGGGGCGAUUUUGGGGGACACCCUGGUGGUCCUGGGGGGCCGAACCGACGGCAGCGACUUCAGCAACGACCUCCUCCUCUACCAGACCCGCUGCAAUUCCUGGCUGGGACCCCCCCACACCGAUAACUCCACGGUGGGCCCCCCCAUGCCGGGGGCCGUGACCCCCGCCCUGGCCGAGGCCGGGGGGCUCCUCUUUGUCUCGGGGGGCUUCUCGGGGAGGGCCCUGGGGGGCUUUUGGAGCCUGAGGGUCCCCCCCGAGCCCUGCCUGGCCCUGGGGACCCCCCAGCUCUGCCUCGGGGCGGGGGCCGCCUGUGCCUGGUGUGGGGGGCAGUGCCGGGGGGCUGAGGAGGCUCAGAGGCUCCCCUGGCGUGCUCCCCUGGCGUGUAAGUGGUGCACCAACUGCCCGUCGGGGCUGUGCAUCGGGGCGGGGGGCUCGUGCCGCCGGGAGAACGAUUGCCGCAUCAACCAGCGCGAGAUCCGCGCCCCCCAGAACUGCUCCGAGGCCGCCUGUGCUGCCCCCGACUGCCCCAGGUGUGCCAGGGCGGGCAGGUGCAUGUGGACCAGGCAGUUCAAGAGGACAGGUGAGACGCGGCGCAUCCUGAGCGUGCAGCCGAGCUAUGCCUGGACGUGCUUCAGCCACUCCCUGCUCAACGUGUCCCCCAUGCCCGUGGAGUCGGCGCCGCCCCUGCCCUGCCCCUCCCCCUGCCACCUGCAGCCCACCUGCCUCGCCUGCCUGAGCUCACCUGGAGCCGACGGGGGGUGGCAGCACUGCCAGUGGAGCACGGCACUGCAGCAGUGCCUGAGCCCCAGCUUCGUCCCCCUGCGCUGCCUGCCCGGGGGCUGCGGGCGGCUCCUCCGGGGGUCCGAGCGCUGCCCCCCCGACUGCGGGGGGGCCUCCCAGUGCUCCCAGUGCCUGCGCCGGCCCCGCUGCGGGUGGUGCUCCCACCCGGGGCAGGACGGGGGGGGGUCCUGCCUGCAGGGGGGGAUCAAGGGACCCUCAGAAGGUGGGUCAGAGAGCUGCGAGGGGGGGCUGUGGUCGUACCUGGGGGGGUCCCAGGUGGUUCCAGGUGCAUUCUGGGGGUCCCAGGUGGAUUUUGGGGGGGUCUCAGGUGGAUUUUUGGGGUCCCCAGGUGGAUUUUUGGGGUCCCAGGUGUGGUUUUUGGGGGGUAUUUUGGGUCCCAGGUGUGUCCAGGUGUGUUCUGGGGGUCCCAGGUGUUUUUUGGGGGUCUCAGGUGCAUUUUUGGGGUCCCCAGGUGGUCCUGAGAGCUGCGAGGGGGGGCUGUGGUCGUACCUGUCGUGCCCCCCGGAGGACGAGUGCGCCAACGGGCACCACACCUGCGGGCCCAGCCAGGUGUGCAGGGACCUCCCCCGGGGCUUCACCUGCACCUGCAGGGAGGGGUACGCCCCUGACAGCUCCACAGGUGAGUGCCGCCCGGUGUGCGGCGGGGGCUGCUCCAACGGCACCUGCGUGGCCCCCGGGCGCUGCAGGUGCCCCUUCGCCUCGUGGGCCCCACCUGCGCCGUGCCCUGCGCCUGCAACGGCCACAGCGACUGCGCCGGCCCCGCCCGCCCACGCACCUGCCUCAGGUGCCACAACAACACCCAGGGCCCGCAGUGCAAGCGGUGCCGCCCCCUGUUCGUGGGCUCGGCCCUGGGGGGGGACACACCUGGGGGGCCCGCAGUGCGAGCGGUGCCGCCCUGUUCGUGGGCUCGGCCCUGGGGGCACCUGCCGGGCCUGCAGCUCCUUCUGCGGGGGCCACGCCCAGACCUGUCCCCUCCCCCACCUCCAGAUCCACACCUGGGUGACGGAGGGGCCGAGCGAGGCCGACGCCGUCUGCGUGAACUGCGGGAACAACAGCCUGGGGGACAGGUGUGACACCUGCCGGCCUGGCUUCUUCCUCCUCGAUGGCACCUGCACCAGGUGCCAGUGCAACGGCCACGCCGACACCUGCAACGAGCUGGACGGGACGGGCUGUCCGUGCCAGAACAACACCGAGAGCGCCCCCUGCCCCGAGAGACGGCACUGCCACCGCCACCAGUGCUCCAAGUGCCGCGACUCCUUCCAGGGCCACCCUGUUGGUGGCCAGCAGUGCUACCGGCUGCUGGCCGUGGAGCAGGAGUACUGCCUGGACCCCCAGUCCCAGUCCCAGUGCUUCCCCCCGCCCCAGCGGCGCCCGCUGCCCCCCGGCCGCGCCGUGCCCUUCGCCGUCCAGCCCAAGUUCACCAACGUGGACAUCCGGGUGACGCUGGACGUCACCUUCGGCGCCGUCGACCUCUACGUGGCCACCGCCUACGACACCUUCGCCGUCGACGUCGAGCCCCGCACGGGGCGGCACCUCGUCAGGGUGCGGGGGCUGGGGCAGCUGGGGGCGCUGGGGGCACUGGGGGCACUGGUUUUGGGACUGGAAGAAGUGGAGGAACUGGAGGAACUGGUUCUGGGGCUGGGGGCAAUGGGGGCACUGGUUUUGGGGGUGGGGGGACUGGUGGGACUGGAGGAACUGGUUCUGGGACUGGAGGAAGUGGUGGUAGCGACUGGAGGAACUGUGACCAUACUGGCCAAACUGGCCAUACUGGUCAUACUGGUGACCUUGAAGACCCCAACACCUCUCCCAGUGACCAUACUGGCCAUACUGGCCAUACUGGUGUUCCUGGAGCUCCUGAAGACGCCAACACCGCUCUCAGCGUCCAUACUGGUCAUACUGGUCAUACUGGCCAUACUGGUGACCUUGAAGACACCAACACCCAUCUCAAUGGCCAUACUGGCCAUACUGGUCAUACUGGUGACCUUGAAGACUCCAACACCUCUCCCAGUGACCGUACUGGUCAUACUGGUCAUACUGGUGACCCUGAAGACACCAACACCCAUCUCAAUGGCCAUACUGGCCAUACUGGUCAUACUGGCCAUACUGGCCACACUGGCGACCCCAAAGACCCCGACACCCCUUGGGACCCCCCCUCAGACCCCUCCCGCCCCAGCCCCCGUGCUUCGCGAGGAGCGCGCCGGGGCCGGGCUGGUCACCUACCUGACCGUGGCCGACCCCGUGCCCGCCCUGGUGGUCCGGGGGGUCCGGGACCGCCUGGUCCUCACCUACCCCCACAACCGCCACCCCCUCAAGUCCACCCGCUUCUACCUGCUGGUCCUGGGGGGUCCCGAACCCUCCCAGGGGCUCCUCUUCUUCCGCCAGGACCAGGCCCACAUCGACCUCUUCGUCUUCUUCUCCGUCUUCUUCUCCUGCUUCUUCCUCUUCCUCGCCCUCUGCGUCCUCCUCUGGAAGGCCAAGCAGGGCCUGGACGCGCGGCACGAGCGGCGCCGGCACCGCCAGGAGAUGUCCAAGAUGGCGGCCCGGCCCUUCGCCAGGGUCACCGUCUGCUUCGAGACGCGCCCGGGCUACCGGAGGGCGCCCCGGGGCUACCGGGGUUGGGCGAGCCAACGGUUGGCCAACUGCAAGGUGGAGGGGGAAGAGGUGGUGGAGACCCAAAGUUUGCACUUGGAGACCCAAAAUCUGCACCUGGAGACCCAAAAUGUGCUCGUGGAGGGUCCAAAGAACUCCCUGGGCCACCAGGAGACCCCCCUGGGCCACCAGGAGACCCCCCUGGGCCACCAGAAGGGCAGGUUGGGCAACCAGGGUUGGCCAAGUCAACGGUUGGCCAACCGCAAGGCGGAGGUGGAAGAACUGAUGGACCCCCAAAGUCAACGCUUGGAGACCCAAAAUCUCCACUUGGAGACCCAAAAUCUGCACCUGGAGACCCAAAAUGUGCUCGUGGAAGGUCCUAAGAACCCCCUGGGCCACCAGAAGGGCCAGUUGGGCAACCAGGGUUGGCCAAGUCAACGGUUGGCCAACCGCAAGUUGGAGACUGAAGAGCAACUGGAGACCCAAAAUUUGCACUUGGAGACCCAAAAUGUGCACUUGGAGACCCAAAAUGUUCUUGUGGAAGGUCCUAAGAACCCCCUGGGCCACCAGAAGGGCCCCUUGGGCAACCAGGGUUGGCCAAGUCAACGGUUGGCCAACAGGAAGGUGGAGGGGGAAGAGACCCAAAAUGUGCACUUGGAGACCCAAAAUGUGCACUUGGAGACCCAAAAUGUGCUCGUGGAACCCAAAAUGUGCUCGAAGAACUCCCUGGGCCACCAGAAGGGCCAGUUGGGCAACCAGGGUUGGCCAAGUCAACGGUUGGCCAACUGCAAGGUGGAGGGGGAAGAGAGCCAAAAUGUGCACCUGGAGACCCAAAAUGUGCACUUGGAGACCCAAAAUGUGCACUUGGAGACCCAAAAUGUGCUCGUGGAAGGUCCCAAGAACCCCCUGGGCCACCAGAAGGGCCCCUUGGGCAACCAGGGUUGGCCGAGUCAACGGUUGGCCAACAGGAAGGCCGAGGGGGAAGAGAGCCAAAAUGUGCACCUGGAGACCCAAAAUUUGCACCUGGAGACCCAAAAUGUGCUCAUGGAGGGUCCAAAUCCACACCUGGAGGGUCCAAAGAUCUCCCUGGGCCACCAGAAGGGCCGGUUGGGCAACCAGGGUUGGCCAAGUCAACGGUUGGCCAACAGGAAGGCGGAGGGGGAAGAGGUGGUGGAGACCCCAAAUGUGCUUGUGGAGGGUCCCAAGAACCCCCUGGGCCACCAGGAGACCCCCCUGGGCCACCAGGACCCCCAAAUUCACCCCCUGGACCCCCAAAAGUCACCCCUGGACCCCCAAAAUAUCCACCUUGACCCCCAAAAUGUCCAUCUGGACCCCCAAAUUCACUCCAGGGACUCCCAGGACCCCCUCCUGGACCCCCAAAAGUCACCCCUGGACCCUCAAACCCACCCCAGGGACCCCAAAAUCCCCUCUUGGCCACCCAAACCCACCCCAGGGACCCCCAAAAAUACCCCCUGGACACCCAAACCCACCCCAGGGACCCCCAGGACCCCCUCUUGGUCACCCAAAAACAACCCCUGGACCCCCAAAAUCCCCUCUUGGCCACCCAAACCCACCCCAGGGACCCCCAAAAGUCACCCCUGGACCCCCAAAAUCUCCAUCUGGCCACCCAAAACCCCCUCUUGGCCACCCAAAAACACCCCGGGACCCUACCAGACCCACCCCAGGGACCCCAAAAAUCACCCCAAGGACCCCCAAAAGCACCUUCCCGGACCACCAAAACCCCUCUUGAGUGGUUUUUGA